CCCUGAAAGCAAGGAGAUGUACAUUUUUAACUUGACAUCACUCACCAAGUCUGAAAAUAUCUUGUCAGCUUCGGUGUAUUUUUAUAUUGGUGAUCUGCAGGACGCUGGGUGGAACUGUUCCCAACCCAGAGGGUGCUCCCAUCACAGGCACAGGAAACCUGAAACUCAAAUACAUCUUUCAGUUUGGACCUUUCCUUCUGUUGGGAACCAGUCUCGGAGCCUGGGACAUUUGCUAAUAAAUGUCUCCACUGCUUACCAGGAUGUCCUUUCCUGGCAGUGGAAGGAUAUCACUCAGCUCCUCCAUGAAGCAAAACAAAACAAUGAGCUCCUGAUCAGCAUCAAAAUGGAUCUGACCAGCCAUCACCCCUGGAAAAGGGUACCACCUCCCUAUGAACCCUACAUUCUGAUUUACGCCAAUGAUUCUGCUAUUUCAGAGGCAGAGAGUGUUGUCUCUAGUUUGCAGGGCCACCGUAAUCCUCUGUCAAGGGCCUUUCCCAGGCCAGAAAACCACGUGAAGAGCAGCCUUGGGAAGCGGCGGCGAAAACGCUCCACAAAUAUCCUGUUGCCGUUGCAGAAUAAUGAGCUUCCAGGAGCCGAGUACCAGUACAAUGAGGAUGAGAGAUGGGAAGACAGGAAACCCUACAACAGCUUCCAACCACGGUUAGCAGAGAGGGCAAAGAGUAAGAAAAAGCAGAGGAAGAACCAUCACCAGAAGAGCCAGACUCUGCAGUUUGAUGAGCAAACGCUGAAGAAAGCAAGGAGGAAGCAGUGGAACGAACCAAGGUAUUGUGCCCGGCGCUAUCUCAAAGUGGAUUUUGCGGACAUUGGCUGGAGCGAGUGGAUUAUUUCCCCAAAAUCUUUUGAUGCCUAUUACUGCUCAGGAGAAUGCCAAUUCCCAAUUCCAAAGGCUUUGAAGCCUUCCAACCAUGCCACCAUCCAGAGUAUAGUGAGAGCCGUCGGGGUUGUCCCGGGCAUUCCCGAGCCUUGCUGCGUUCCUGACAAAAUGUCUUCUCUUAGCAUUUUAUUCUUCGAUGAAAAUAAAAAUGUGGUUCUUAAGGUGUACCCCAACAUGACAGUGGAAUCCUGCGCAUGCAGAUAACAUCUCAGGAGACCCUUUCAAAAUGCUGAGGUGAUCACUUGCUGUUUUUUUUGUGGGGGGAGGUUUCAUGAUGUCUACUUUUUGUUUGCACUACCAAUGCAUUUCCUU